AUGGGUGCUUCUUGUUUGAGGCGUAACAGUGGGCCCUGCCGAGGAGUUUUAACUCAGAGUCACGGCUCUCUAAUGUCAGAGGGCCUGGCCAGCCAUGCUCUAGGGCGCCAGCGACGCCGCUGCCGCUGUCACUAUGGCCCAUUAAAAGCUGCCGACUCGAAGCACGAGCAGUUGCGGAGGUACUUGGAGAAGUCAGGGGUGCUGGACACGCUGACCAAGGUGUUGGUAGCCUUGUAUGAAGAACCAGAGAAACCUAAUAGCGCUUUGGAUUUUUUAAAGCAUCACUUAGGAGCUGCUACCCCAGAAAAUCCAGAAAUAGAGCUGCUUCGCCUAGAAUUGGCAGAAAUGAAAGAGAAAUAUGAAGCCAUGGUAGAAGAAAAUAAAAAACUGAAAAUCAAGUCAAUUUCUUUAGGAAGUGUUUCAGAGUUCUCCGUCCUUAUGUCCUAA